AUGGUAAGGAUAACGAUAGACCUCAUCCGUAAACGAUCAGAGCACAACGAGGGUGAGAUAUCGACCUUGGAGGAGCUAGCCCUCCAUCAGGAGAGCAUCGAAAAAAUCGAACUGAUAAAUCGCCUCUGCAAAGAUCUGAGAAUUCUCCUCCUGCAGAAUAACCUCAUAUCGAAACUCGAGAAUCUGAAUCGAUUGAAGCUUCUGGAGUACCUCAACCUGGCCCUUAACAAUAUCGAGGUAAUCGAGAACCUGGAGGGUCUCGAGAGUCUCAAAAAAUUGGAUUUAACCGUGAACUUUGUUGGAGAUGUGCGCGAUGUGAAGAGACUUCGAGUUAAUGAACAUCUGCAGGAAUUAUUUUUAAUUGGUAAUCCAUGCGCCGACUACGAUGGCUACAGGGACUACGUUAUCGUUGUUCUUCCCCAGCUGAGGGAGUUGGAUGGUCAUGAAAUCACGAGAUCUGAUCGCAUAAAGGCGAUGCAAAAGUAUGCAGUGGCCGAGGGAGAUGUCAUCAGGGGCUACUGGAAUUACCGAGAGAUAAGGGCACGACAGUUAGAUCGCCAUCGUGAGAAGAAGGAGCGAGCCACAAUCACGGAGCUUGAGGAUGGGGAAGGUGAUGGCGAUGAGGAGGCAACAGAGGCAUUCUGGAAUAGCAAGAGCUAUCACACACCCGAGGAUAGGCGAGAAAUAGCGGACAAGGUGCGAAAAAUUGAGGAGAAGAAAAACAGGGGGCAGGAGAAUAAUAACAAUCGUUCGCCGAAAUUUGUUCCCAAGUUGUUCAGCCCCGAGGGGAGACCAUAUAACGUCAACCAGGGGAGGAUUCCAUUUCACCUGGAUGUAGAGGGUGAUCCCGAGAUUGUUACUUUGGAGGUGAUGACAUACAGGUACUUAGACACAUCUCUUCUGAAUGUCGACAUCCAGCCAAACUACGUUAGAGUCACAGUAAAAGGAAAAAUUCUGCAGUUGACAUUACCCUGCGAGGUAUUGACUGACAGGAGCACAGCCCAAAGGAACACAGCGACUGGAAAUUUAAUCAUAAAUAUGCCACGCAUGACUCCCCUGACAACUGUCACGAAACGGUUGAAUAAUUCACUUGAUAAGUCCGAAGAAGGCAACCGGUCACCAAAGGUCAUAAAAUCUGGUUCCACGAUCACAAAGCGUGAAUUAUUGGAGAUUGGGCCACCUGUAAAUGACCUAGAUUUUUCCAAAAUCUAUAAGGACUCCAAGACUGUUCGUCAGGAGGGACCGAAGGGCGAUUUACAUGGGAGAAAAGGUUCUGUUAAUUUUGUGGAUAACCCUGAGGUACCUCCAUUAGAAUAAAGAAGAGUAAUGGAGUCCCAGGGAAAUUGGUCAUUUGAAUUGAAUAAAUAGGUUUAUUGUAAUGAUUUAUAAUAAAAAUUUACUGGAACUUGAACUUCACCAUCAAACGAUUUCAAUAUUUAUGUGAUCGUAGAGAACAUUAUGACGUCUUACAGAUUGUUGUGGUAUUUCUUGAAGAAAUAUGAAUAAUGUUCACAACAAAACAUUGUAAAAUUAGCCACAUUUCAUUAAAACAUAAUAUAA